AUGGCUGCUACCAGUGCUUUGAUUGCCCCGGCCUCCAUCCCCGUCCGGGGUGGCAGUGACCGUCUCAUGGCCCUUGAGCUGGCGGAUGGUACCGUGUACCAGGGUUACAACUUUGGUGCGGAAAAGAGUGUGUCUGGUGAAUUGGUCUUCCAGACCGGUAUGGUUGGAUACCCUGAAUCGGUUACCGAUCCCUCAUACCGCGGUCAGAUCCUGGUCAUCACCUUCCCACUUGUCGGAAACUACGGUGUGCCUGACCGGGAGGAGAUGGAUGAGGUGCUCCAAAGCCUGCCCAAGUACUUCGAGUCAAAUCAGAUUCACGUUGCGGCGUUGGUGGUGGCAUCCUACGCCGGUGAGGACUACUCUCACUUCUUGGCCAAGUCUUCUUUGGGUGACUGGCUCAAGGAGCAGGGUGUUCCUGCCAUCCACGGUGUCGACACUCGUGCCCUGACCAAGCGCCUUCGUCACUCUGGUAGCAUGCUGGGUCGUCUGCGUUUGCAGAACGCUGGCGAUGCUAAGGCUGUCGCUGCUGCCGUUGAUGCUACCAACUGGAACACACACUUUGAGGAAAUCGAAUGGGUGGACCCCAAUGCCACUAACCUUGUCGCCGAGGUUUCCAUCCGUGAGCCUCGCCUGUACACACCCCCUGCCAAUGUCGCUCUCAAGCACCCCUCGGGCCGCACUGUCCGCGUUCUGUGCUUGGAUGUCGGUAUGAAGUACAACCAGCUGCGCUGCUUGCUCUCCCGUGGCGUUGAAGUCAUGGUCGUGCCUUGGGAUUACGACUUCCCCACCCUGGCGGGUAAGGAUUACGACGGUCUGUUCGUCUCCAACGGUCCCGGUGACCCUGCGACCCUGACUACUACCAUCGCCAACCUGUCCAAGACCUUGAAGGAUGCCCGCACACCCGUUUUCGGUAUCUGUCUGGGUCACCAGCUGAUUGCCCGCUCAGUCGGUGCUACUACCACCAAGAUGAAGUUCGGUAACCGCGGUCACAACAUUCCCUGCACAAGCAUGAUCUCCGGCAAGUGCCACAUCACCUCUCAGAACCACGGUUACGCCGUUGAUGCCUCCAGUCUUCAGGAUGGUUGGGAGGAGCUGUUCGUCAACGCCAACGAUGGCAGUAACGAGGGUAUCCGCCACACCAGCCGUCCCUUCUUCAGUGUCCAGUUCCACCCGGAAAGCACUCCUGGUCCCCGUGAUACUGAGUACCUGUUCGAUGUCUUCAUCCAGAGCAUUCAGAACUCCAUUGCCUCCGCCGAUGCCCUCACCAAGCCUGUUGAGUUCCCCGGUGGUCUCAUUGAAGACAACCGUAAGGCCGCUCCUCGCGUCUCGGUCAAGAAGGUUCUGGUCCUCGGUAGUGGUGGUCUGAGCAUUGGUCAGGCUGGUGAGUUCGAUUACUCUGGCAGUCAGGCCAUCAAGGCCUUGAAGGAAGAGGGAAUCUACACCAUCCUGAUCAACCCCAACAUUGCCACCAUUCAGACCUCCAAGGGUCUGGCUGACAAGGUGUACUUCCUGCCCGUCAAUGCCGACUUUGUCCGCAAGGUCAUCAAGCACGAGCGCCCCGAUGCCAUUUACGUCACCUUUGGUGGUCAGACUGCUCUCUCGGUCGGUAUCGAGCUCAAGGAUGAGUUUGAGGAGCUUGGUGUCAAGGUUCUGGGUACUCCCAUCGACACCAUCAUUACCACUGAGGAUCGUGAGCUGUUCGCUCGUAGCAUGGACUCGAUCAAUGAGAAGUGCGCUAAGUCUGCCUCUGCCUCGACUAUUGAUGAGUGCAUGAGGGUCGUUGAGGACAUCGGCUUCCCCGUCAUUGUGCGUGCCGCUUACGCACUGGGUGGUCUUGGUAGUGGUUUUGCUGAGGAUAUGGAUCAGCUGCGUGACCUCUGUGUCAAGGCUCUCGCUGUCAGCCCCCAGGUGCUGAUCGAGCGCAGUAUGAAGGGCUGGAAGGAAAUUGAGUACGAGGUUGUUCGUGAUGCUCAGGACAACUGUAUCACUGUCUGCAACAUGGAGAACUUCGAUCCCCUUGGUAUUCACACUGGUGACUCCAUUGUCGUUGCUCCUUCCCAGACUCUCUCUGAUGAGGACUACAACAUGCUCCGGACAACUGCUGUCAAUGUCAUCCGCCACCUCGGUGUCGUCGGUGAAUGUAACAUUCAGUACGCUCUCAACCCCUUCUCCCGCCAGUACUGUAUCAUUGAGGUCAACGCUCGUUUGUCUCGAUCUUCUGCUUUGGCCUCCAAGGCCACCGGUUACCCCCUCGCUUUCAUUGCUGCCAAGCUGGGUCUCGGUAUCCCCCUGAACGAGAUCAAGAACUCCGUUACCCAGUCCACUUGCGCCUGCUUCGAGCCCUCGCUUGAUUACUGUGUGGUCAAGAUUCCCCGUUGGGACUUGAAGAAGUUCACCCGUGUGUCGACCCAGCUGGGCUCCUCUAUGAAGAGUGUUGGUGAGGUCAUGAGCAUUGGCCGAACAUUCGAGGAGGCGAUCCAGAAGGCUAUUCGAUCCGUUGAUUUCCACAACCUCGGUUUCAACGAGAAGGAUGCCCUUAUGUCCAUCAAGGGCGAGCUCCAGACUCCCUCCGACCAGCGUCUGUUUGCCAUUGCUAAUGCUAUGGCUACCGGCUACACUGUCGAUGACAUCUGGAAGCUGACCAACAUUGAUAAGUGGUUCCUGACCCGCUUGAAGGGUCUGAGCGACUUUGGCAAAUCUAUGUCUGCGUUCAACGCAACCUCAGUCCCUAUUCCUAUGAUCCGCCAGGCUAAGCAACUUGGUUUCUGUGAUGCUCAGCUUGCUAACUUCCUCGGCUCUAACGAGCUGGCUGUUCGCCGCAUGCGUAUUGAGGCUGGUAUUACUCCUAUUGUCAAGCAGAUCGAUACUGUCGCUGCCGAGUUCCCUGCUGUUACCAACUACCUUUACCUCACUUACAAUGCUACUGAGCACGAUCUGAAGUUCGAUGAUCACGGUAUCAUGGUUCUUGGCUCUGGUGUCUACCGUAUUGGUUCAUCUGUCGAGUUCGAUUGGUGCUCCGUUCGCACCAUUCGCACUCUCCGCGAACAGGGUCACAAGACCAUCAUGGUCAACUACAACCCGGAGACCGUCAGUACCGACUACGAUGAGGCCGAUCGCCUCUACUUUGAGAACAUCAACCUCGAGACUGUCCUUGACAUCUACCAGCUAGAGACUUCCAGCGGUGUGAUCAUGUCCAUGGGAGGUCAAACCCCUAACAACAUUGCCCUGCCUCUGCACCGUCUCAAUGUCAACAUCCUCGGUACCUCUCCCGAGAUGAUUGACGGCGCCGAGAACCGUUACAAGUUCUCUCGCAUGUUGGACCGUAUUGGUGUCGACCAGCCUGCCUGGAAGGAGUUGACUAGCAUCGAGGAGGCCCGCGAGUUCUGCAACAAGGUCAGCUACCCUGUGCUUGUUCGUCCCUCCUACGUGCUUUCUGGUGCUGCCAUGAACACUGUCUACUCGGAGGAUGACUUGGCCAACUACCUCAACCAAGCCGCCGAUGUCUCUCGCGACCACCCCGUUGUCAUCACCAAGUACAUUGAGAAUGCCAAGGAAAUUGAGAUGGAUGCCGUUGCCCGCAACGGUGUCAUGGUCGGUCACUUCAUCUCUGAGCACGUUGAGAACGCUGGUGUGCACUCCGGUGAUGCCACUCUGAUUCUGCCCCCGCAGGAUCUGAGUGCCGAGACUAUUAGUCGCAUUGAGGAGGCUACUCGCAAGAUUGGUAACGCUUUGAACGUCACUGGUCCUUACAACAUUCAGUUCAUUGCUAAGGACAACGACAUCAAGGUCAUUGAGUGCAACGUCCGUGCCUCUCGUUCUUUCCCAUUCGUGUCCAAGACCAUGGGUGUGGAUCUGAUUGAGAUGGCUACCAAGGCCAUGAUCGGUGCUCCCUUCACUGAGUACCCCCCUGUCAACAUCCCCAAGGACUACGUUGGUGUCAAGGUUCCCCAAUUCUCCUUCUCGCGUCUCUCUGGCGCUGAUCCCGUUCUUGGUGUUGAGAUGGCCUCCACUGGUGAGGUUGCCUCGUUCGGUCGCGACAAGUACGAGGCCUACCUCAAGGGUUUGCUUUCCACUGGCUUCAAGCUCCCCAAGCGCAACAUCUUGUUCUCUAUUGGUUCGUACAAGGAGAAGCUUGAGAUGCUGCCUUCUAUCCAGAAGCUUCACGACCUCAAGUACAACUUGUUCGCCACUUCCGGUACCGCCGACUUCCUCAAGGAGCACGGUGUUCCCGUCAAGUACCUCGAGGUUCUGCCUGGUGAGGAGGAGGACAUCAAGUCGGAGUACUCUCUGACUCAGCACUUGUCCAACAACCUCAUCGAUCUCUACAUCAACUUGCCGUCUAGCAACCGCUACCGCCGCCCGGCCAACUACAUGUCCAAGGGUUACCGCACCCGUCGUAUGGCUGUUGACUACCAGACUCCUCUGGUCACCAACGUGAAGAACGCCAAGAUCUUGAUUGAGGCCAUCGCUCGCCACUUCCCUCUGGAAAUCAUCACCUCCGACUUCCAGACUAGCCACCGCACCGUGGUUCUGCCCGGUCUGAUCAACAUCGCUGCCUUUGUCCCGGGUCUUACCACUCCCGGUUCCAAGGACUUCGAGACUGUCACCAAGGCCUCCAUGGCCGCUGGUUUCAGCAUGGUCCGUGUCAUGCCAGUCGGUGUUGACAGCUCGGUCACCGACGCUCGUGAUCUGAAGAUCGUUCAGCAGAAUGCCCAGGGCAAGUCUUUCUGUGACUUCAACUUCUCCGUUGCUGCCACUUCCUCGAACUCUGACGAGAUCACCCGCAUCACUGGUGAUGUCGGUUCCCUGUUCAUCCCCUUCAACCACCUUUCUGGCAACAUCAACCAGGUGGCUACCGUAACCAAGCACUUUGCUUCCUGGCCCUCCAGCAAGCCCUUGAUCACCGACGCGAAGGGCACUGAUCUGGCUUCGAUCCUGCUCCUCGCUAGCCUGCACAGCCGUAACAUUCACGUUAUGAGCGUCACCUCCAAGGAGGACAUCCAGCUCAUUGCCCUGAGCAAGGAGAAGGGCCUCAUGGUCACCUGCGAUGUUUCCAUCUUCUGCCUCUUCCUCUCUCGUGAGGAGUACCCUGAGUGCAGCUCUCUGCCCUCUGCUGAGGACCAGAAGGCCCUCUGGGACCACAUGAGCACCAUCGAUGUCUUCUCCAUCGGUAGCAUUCCCUUCCAGCUUGCUGGCAAGGAUGCUUCCCCUGCUGUCGGUCUUGCUGAGGCUCUGCCCCUUCUCUUCACUGCUAUGGCUGAGGGUCGCCUCACUCUUGAGGACAUCACUGCCCGUCUUUACGAGGCCCCGAAGAAGAUCUUUGAGCUCCACGACCAGGCUGACUCGUCGCUUGAGAUCGAGAUUGACCGCCCUUACGUGUUCCAGAACACCGAGGCUUGGUCUCCCUUCAACGGCAAGGUGAUGCGCGGCUCUGUCCAGCGUGUUGUCUUCCAGGGCAAGACCUGUUGCCUCGAUGGCGAGAUCACCGCUGAUGCUGGCAAGGGUGUUGACAUGUCCUCCCACCGCAUCAUCCCCUCUUCCCCUAUCCAGAAGCCUACCACUCCCAUGGUCCGCCCAGAGAGCUCCUUGGAGCGUCACACCUCCGUCUCCGGCACUCCCGGUCGCCGUGCCCCCCGUGCUCUGGAUGCCUCCAUCCCCGCUGGCGAGCUUGGUGCCCCUCUCUACGGCCCCUCUUCUCAGACCUCCCCGCUGAACGAGAUGCUCUCCCGCUCUCAAUUCCGCGGUAAGCAUGUGCUGUCCGUGAACCAGUUCACUCGCGCGGACCUUCACUUGCUCUUCACCGUGGCCCAGGAGAUGCGCCUCGGCGUUCAGCGCCAGGGUGUCCUCGACGUUCUGAAGGGUCGUGUUCUGUGCACUCUCUUCUACGAGCCCUCCACCCGCACCUCGGCUUCCUUCGAUGCCGCUAUGCAGCGCCUGGGUGGCCGUGUCGUCUCCAUUGCCACUGAGCACUCUUCUACCCAGAAGGGUGAGUCUCUCCAGGACACCAUCCGCACUCUUGGCUGCUACGGUGACGCCGUGGUUCUGCGCCACCCCAGCCCCACCAGCACCGACGUUGCCGCCAAGUUCUCUCCCGUUCCCAUCAUCAACGGUGGAAACGGUGCCGUUGAGCACCCUACCCAGGCCUUCCUGGACCUUUUCACCAUUCGUGAGGAGUUGGGUACCGUCGCCGGUCUGACCAUCACCUUCACUGGUGACCUCCGGUACGGUCGCACCGUCCACUCCUUGAUCAAGCUGCUCCGCUUCUACGAUGUCCAGGUGCAGCUUGUGUCCCCCAAGGAGUUGGCUUUGCCCGAGGAUGUUCGCAAGCAGCUUGUCGCCUCUGGCCAGCUCCGUCUUGAGACUGAUGUUCUGACCCCUGAGAUUGUGGCCCGCUCUGACGUUCUGUACUCCACCCGUGUGCAGAAGGAGCGCUUCUCCGAUCUCGCCCAGUACGAGCGUCUCAAGGACAGCUUUGUCAUUGACAACGCUCUUCUCAAGCAUGCCAAGAGCCACAUGGUUGUCAUGCACCCUCUGCCUCGCAACGCCGAGAUCACCGAGGAGGUUGACUUUGACCAGCGGGCUGCUUACUUCCGCCAGAUGAGAUAUGGCCUGUACUGCCGCAUGGCCCUCCUGGCUUUGGUUUUGGCCCCUUAA